CGUAUGCGUCAGCAACAGGUUGUCAAGUUGUGAGAACACGUUUUCGCGUUUUCUAUUUUCAACGCUUUAUUUAUGGAAUAAGAUGAUCGUGCAAGCAACGAUAGGACAUUCACGGAUCACGUCUACUCGCAAAUACACCUGGGGGAACAAUUUUUAAAUAGCAGAUUGAUAAAAGUAAAUAUUCUUCAGAGCAUACGUAACAAAACUUUAAAAAACAUGGAGAGAGCACAGACAACCACGUAUAUAGGAGGUGACAACCACCUUUUAGAGUAUUGGGAAGAAUAUCAAAAAAUGAUGGAAGAAACCAAACUAUUGGAUGAUUACCUCGAAGAGGAAUAUCCACGUAACUAUGAUGAUGGCGAAGAGGAAGCUGAAUGGUUACGUACAGCUGGUUUAGGACAGUUGACGGAAGCAUGGAAGGCUGGAAGAGAAGUACUGCCAGACGAAUUGGGCGCAGCAUUACGUCCGUUAUCGCGAGCACAAGCUGAAGCAGUGAGACGUCGCGUUAAGUCGCUCAAUCAUACGGUGAAACAGCGUUUUAAUCAACGACAACGUGUUCGUAAACCGGAUAUUAGAGAUGUCUUUAAAGAUAUAGAGGCAUCUAGUACUGGAACGAGAUCGCGUAGUGCCACACCCGAUUCUUUAGAUUCCGUAACAGGUGUAACGCCAGAGAAUGCUUCGCCUCCGUCACUGGCAACGGUUACCAUUGAUGAUGCCCAUCAUACAAGUACUGUUACCGUACCAAACUUUGUAUCGGUUUUUCAUCAAUUACCAAAAGAGACGGUACGUAGAACACCAAGCGCGCCAUCGUCGGCGGUAGACACGGCGAUAACAUCGGGAUCGGUGUUUCCUUUCGGACAUGUCUCUUCAAGUGGAUGGGCCGGAUAUUCGUUACGAGGAGACGUUGCUAACGAUUCAGAAGGAAUUCAGCUGACAAGCUACCAGAGAUUGGGAACGAUACACGCGUCGAAAUCCAGUAUACAAAGACGAAGCGAAAGCGAUCCUAGCGAAGUAGCAAAUGCGACAGACUUGGGCGACGCUAUCGAGAACACUCCAACGGAUACUACGUUGAGAAGAAAUUCGGGCAAUCACGCAACGGUAACCCGAAGUCAUAGCAAUCUGUAUGGAUUAACAAGACCAGUGGACGAACGUUUGAUUACUCAUCCAUUGAAUCGAACAUCCUCUCACGGACAUUUGAGUUUCGAAGAAAUGUGUAGAACGAACGAUGUAAACUCGGAAAUCUGGAAGUCGGAAGAUCUUGCUUUGGCCGACGACGUACAGAAUCGGCUGGGAGUAGAAACGCUUACGCAGCGAGAUUUGACCAGGUUACGACCAUUACUGUGGCUUGAACUUACCGCGGUAUUCGAUAAAUAUAAUCUACCAUUGAAAAAACGGAAACCGAAUAAGCGUCGGACGAAAGCUGGAAACUUGUUCGGGGUUUCGUUGUCGACUCUUUUACUUCGAGACAGUCAAUUAUCGUCCGAGGAGAGUAAUAUUCCACUGGUAUUUCAAAAGGUUCUUAACGAAUUAACAAGACGAGGCAUAAAAGAGGAAGGUAUUCUUCGCGUUGGUGGACACAAGCAAAAAGUCGAAUCGAUGUGCAGACAGUUGGAAAUGGAUUUUUAUUGCAAGCCGAAAGAAAUGGACAAGUUGUUUAAAUGCAUGUCGUGCCACGAUUUGUCGGCAGUUUUGAAAAAGUUGUUGCGUGACCUGCCACAGCCGCUACUUACCGUAGAGCUUAUCGACGCUUUCUACCAAAGUCACGGAGUGAAGGAUCACCAGGAGUUGUCGCACGCAUUGAACUUGCUUGUACUAUUGCUGCCGAUAGAGAACCGGUGUACUCUGAAGGCGUUGGUUAAAUUUUUCGAAUUGAUCGUGGAAAAUCAAGCGUCGAACAAAAUGUCGAUCCACAACGUAGCGAUGAUAGUAGCACCGUCUUUGUUUCCACCGCGAUACAUUCAUCCGCGUGAUCGUACCGAUUUGACCGCUCAGCUUAAUAUGGCUGCCAUAUGCUGUCAGGUAACGGAAGUUCUUCUCGUUAACGGGAACAAAUUGUGGUAUAUACCGAACGAACUUUUGAAUCAGUUACACAGACAUUCCGAGGAAGAAAGAUAUCGAAAGUAUAGAAAAAAGUUUUAUUGAUGUUUGUAAGAUUCGAAGGAGGGGAAAAAAGGAGGAUAAGAUAACAAAAGAGAGGGGCUUGUCCGUUUCGCUUUAAUAAGUUAAUCGAUGGAUGAAUGAUUUCUGAGAAGUCAUUGCCGACAGUUUGGUUGAUCGCAUUAGAACUCUUAGAGCCGAGUGGCACAACCCUUAGCCCAUAAUGCCAUCGCAAUGGCACGGAAUUACAUAGUUUGCUAGUCGGCGAUUUUCUUUCAACGUAUCUCUGUACGCGAUGAUAAUUCGCAACUGAUCGUUCGUUCGAGAUGCGAUUAGUUUUAUCGAUUUUCACGCGUUUCAAGGUGCAAUAGGAAGAGAUUCUAUAGGAUAUCUUUGGAUAACGUUCGUAAGACGAACAUACAAUUCGGAAAGAGAAAAGCUCGUUGCCGCGAUAAAGUUUCGUCUUCGAUCAAUCGACCGUACGUUUCGAAGUUGAACGUGCCUGCGUGUUAGAAAGGCCACGUUAUUCGUUCUGGUGCUACGUUAAACGGAUAUACGAGUUAAAAGGCGAAUUGAGACGAAGCUACGAAUAAUUAACAAAUUUACAGAUUUAUAUGUCGUGUAACAAGGCGACUUUAAAAAAAUAUGCGCUGUACCGUGUGUGACUAUUGUAAUUUAUUACUAACGAUAGCGUGCGUGCGCGUUCGUGUGUGCGUGUGAAGAUUUUGCAAUUUAUAGCACAGCUAUGUGGUAAUAUCUAGUUUAUUUUCUAACCUCAUCUUCUCGUCAUCUUUCCUUUUUACUUAUAAACGCGUAUCGAUAAUUUAUCGUUACUCGUUUCGUAAUAUUGCUCGAAGCGAAUGAACGAAACGAGAGGGAAGCGCGCAACGAAUCGUCGCUGAUUUUUGCCGAACGUUGACGCGUAUCGUUUCGCCAAUUCUGCCUUUCUUCCAUCCUCUUUCAUGCGCCAUAUUACUGUAAGCGAUUGUACAUAUUACUCAACGUAAGAUCGUUACAUUUGUGUCAAUAAAGUGCCAAAGAAAAUAAA